AUGUUAGCAUUGCUACCUCUCUUAUUUAUCAUAUUUGGGCUGUGCCGGCCUGAGGAGAGACCUUUGGAAAAGAUAAGGUAUGUGACUAUCCCAGCGAUACUGAAAGGAAUCUCUGCAAAGAUGAUAGUGGAGAGCACCAUAUGUAGUACAAGCUGCGGAAUAGGCACAAGGAUUGAGAGCAGAUGCAUAGUAGACAAGGAUGGCAUGCAUAUUGACUGUGAAAAGGUGGCCGUUGAGUGCGUGAUCAGCUGGAUGUGCGGACUGAGAACAUACACGAGGACUGUUGGGGAUUCCUUUAAUAUGACCUGUUUCGAUCCAGUGGAAUCUAAAAUGGACCCAGAGACCUUGGACUUUUAUUGGAGAGUAGCCAGGGGAAGAAUGACAACUGAGGAUGAGGCCUUCAACCCUAUAAAGUUAGGGGGUUACAUGGUGGAGUUUCCAUACGUUCUCGAGAGUCAUGCUGGGACGUAUCGCUGUGACAUCUACAGCAAGAAAGAAAGGAAGCUAGUUCAACGCCUGGAUUUUUGCUUAAAGGUGCGGAACCCUAAGGCUGCCAGUCUCAACACCGAGCAGCUUGUCGCAAGGAGCCAAAUGGUGAAAGCGGCAAUAACACAGGGACGCAAAAGACCACUUACUCUAGUGCGUGAAACACUCACGCUAAAAGAACGACUUCUGAUCAUCCUGGUAGUUGGCAUCAUUACUGGGCUAUUGGCAGGUUGCUUUUAUGCUUUAAUACGUUGGUGUGUGAACAAAUGGAAAAACCUGGAUCGUGAGAGGGACCUGGAGAAUGGGGAAUUUGAUGUUUAG